ACACGUGUGAUGUCUUCUGCCCGAGGAAGGAGGAUUUGGUAACGGAGAGUUUGAACGGUCGUGAGAAUAGCAGCUGAGAGAGCUUUCACUUCACUUCAAUGGCGGCAAUAUCCUCUGUUCAAUGCUUAUCCUCUUGCGAUUCUCAUUAUCAUCAACGCUCGCAGGGUGGCUCGCGUUGGAGAUUGGGUACUUCUAGGGUUUUAGUAUCUUCGAGUCUGUGGAAAAUUUCUCUGCUUUCUGGAGUUGAUUUGAAGCGAAGGAGACAUUUGAUAUGUGCAGUCAAGGGAGGAGCUGAAGAAGGAGCGUUUAAGAAGACUGUUGAACUCGAUCGGAUGAUAGAUGCUCUUAAAGAUGCAAACCCUAGAGAACUUGAGAAGCUUGUCGUUGAAAACAUUCUUGCCUUUGAUGAAGUUUUUUGGAUUAGACUGGCUACCAGGUCGGAUACUUGCAAGUCAGAUGAUGACAAGAAGGACUAUGAGGAGUUAGCUGCAACUGUGAUGACCAUUGUUGACUGCGUUGUGAAUAAGACUCGGGAGAAGAUAGAGACGGCUACUGAUGUUCUGAAAGGGAUAUUAAGACCCGUUGUGGAAGGAGUGGAAGAAAUCUCAUGGCCUCCAAGAGAUCCUCAAGCCAUCAAUCAAAUGGAAAAGGAAAUAAUACAACGGGAAAAAGAAGGACAAUUAGAUGAAGGUUUUCUUUCAGAAGUUAGUGCUCAGCUACGGCAGGCAAAAGAAGAUAAAGACAAACCAGGGCUUGCGGCUAUGCUGCAGAAAGUUCUACAACUCUAUGCUGCUACCAUCCUCUCCAAGCGGAGCUACGCAAAGAAAGGGAACGACGUCCUAAAGGCGGAGCAAUUUCUGGAAACUCUGAUCAAAGGUCUCUUCUGCAACUUUAUUUUCAAAUGUAGUCAGACGCAAAGAAGUUCACAUUUGGUGUAUGUCUUUUCAGCUCCUGAGGAACAAUGGAACAAGCUUUUCUUAGAAGGGUUAACAAUCGGGAAAGGAGAUGUAACACCUGAUGAGCUAUCUGCCGUUAUCAAGAAACGAGUUGAGCGCACGCUGAUUCGAACUGAAGGAGGUUCAUACCAGCAGCGAAUCUUGAUCGAGUAUCUCAAAGGGAUCGAGUCCAGAGCAAAUGAUAUUAUGAAAUCACUUCAGGGUUAAAUCUACAUAUAUAUAUAUCCUCCCAAAUUUAUAUAAAUAUCAAUUCAUAACUCAUAAUGAACUUUUUGUUAUGUUGACUCUGCCAUUGAAGAUUCAAGCUAGACACUUUACGUAAAUAGAAGUCAAUAGUUUUACUUUCA